GGUCUGAUAAUAGCAAAAUGAGUCAAAACAAACUUAGAACGCAGAGAAACAAAGAAUAUUUAGAAAGGUUCAGGGAGGAGGAAAAUCCAAAACUUACUUUUGGAAACACACCUGUAGCUGGAAAUGAGUCAGUCACUCAACCUCCAACGUACCUCUCGGCACUAUCAAUCCACAAUGCAAAAUCCAGAAAUCCCGUUGAGGAACUUGAUAACGAUGUAAUUGCACACAUUUGCGCCCCUAGUUCUUAUCCGUUUGAGGGGCAUAGUCGUGUGCUUUUGGCCUAUUUUACGCCGGGUUGUGUUAUUUUGUCAUAUUUCAGGUCCCAGGCGUCAAAGGGAAGGCUAAGCACGAGUUUCGGGGCAUUCGGAGGUCAUUUCGUCAAACUGGAGACAAAACACGGGCAGGCCUAAAGCAUUACACGGCCGUGUACUGGUGGCCGUGCUUUUACUGCCGAGAGCAAAGUCGAGCUGGGAUAAUUGUGGCUAAAAACACGGCCAGAAGCACGACCGUGUCCACAAAAGCACGGCCGUGUCCUAUCCAAAACACGGCCGUGUUUAUCCCAACUGCUGGUCGUGUAAUUAACCCUGGCCGAGGCACGGGCGGGUUCAGGCAAAGCACGGCCGUGCCCUCGACCGUGCUUUGGCCCGUGAUGCCCUUUUAAGCAGAUUUUCAGCCAAACAGAAGGAGAUUCGAGUUUUUGAGAGAAAGAACGAUUCCUAGAGAGAGAAAGUGACGAACAAGAGUCUCCAAGUGCCAUAGAUUGAUUUUCAACACCAUUGGAGGCCAGUUUGAGUUUGGAGAAGUGCCGAUCAACGUCCAGGAGCAGGAAAUCAUCCUUCACAGUAUGAAUUCCGCGUCUGAUUCUGCUUUUGCUUCUUUCUCCAUGGAGUAGUUCUCCCAUUCAUCUGGGUAUGGAGAACCCUAGAUUUGUAUGUUAGGCUUUGAUUGUAUGAACCCAAGUACUGAUUCUAUGAUUUGAUUAUAUUCGAUUGAGGUUUGAAUGAUUGAAUGACUUGAAUCCUGAUCAAAUUCCUGUUGUUUCUGCUUUAACCUAGAAUGAGAAUAUCUGCCUAGGUUGAUAGAGCAUCCUUGAUUGAAGGUAGGGAGUUGGUGACUUUAGUCGAGGAGCCAACUCACUAUUCUGUACUGGAUUUACUCCGGUAGUGGAUGUUUUGUUUGUUAAGGUCUCAAUCUGUCUACUCCGGUGGAGGUUAGUCGCCCGCUAGAGACUCAGAUUGAGAGGGUCUGAAGACCUUUAGUCGAGACUUCAGGCUGUUUAAGAACCUUCCGCAGUAUAACUAUCAUAGAAACUGAACUUGGUAAUUACAAUCCGGCUUAACUGCAGUCUAGGGGGAACCAUAUCCGGGUGACCUCUCUUAACUUGAAUACAACCGUUUACUUGCUUUGUUAGUUUGAUAGUUUAGACUUGCAUUCCAGUUUCAUUGCUAGAUAACAAGAAUUCACUGAGUAGUCAUCAGAUCUAGGACCCGGGUUGAUAAUUAAACCUAAGCCCGCUAUACUACGCUUUAGGAAGUGGUUUCACUUGGCCAAUUCCUGGAGUGACAGUAGAAGUGAGUCAAGUUUUUGGCGCCGUUGCCGGGGACGGCUAGGUUGUUGAAGAAAAGUGAUUUCUGUUAAUUUAGCUUUUCUUUUUGCUUUGUUUGCUUUGUCCCACUUGUGCCUUCACGGGUUUGUUUGCUUGAGUGUGUGCAGGUAGUGCAUGACCCGUAGCCAGUCAGGAGGUUUAUUGCCGUUGAAUCCAGAGAUUGACCGCACCUGUCGCCAGCUCAGGAGACAACAGCGAGCUAGACUGGCUACGGAAGAGCGCAUAGACGGCCACCUGAGUAGCGAUUCUGAAGAAGAGUACGGGAUGGACGGAGACUACAAUCAACACCAGGGGAAUCCGCAGCAGGUUCCCCCGGUGAAUCAGGUCCUGGGGAACAACCCCAUACCCCAGGAUCAUGGAGUUCAUCAUCCACCGCAGCCGGGUCCCACCUUGGAGUACUACUACACUCCUCGGAUUGCUGACAUCCGCCCGAUCAUCCUCUACCCGCCUAUUCCAGCAAACAACUUCGAGAUCAAGCCAUGCUCGAUUCAACUCAUUACAUCCUCUAUCCAGUUCCAUGGCUUGAAGGAUGAGGAGGCCAGGGUACAUCUUUCCCGUUUUUUGCAGCUGACGAACGGGUUCAAGCUGAAUGGUGUCCCGGAUGAUGCAAUCCGCCUUCAUCUCUUCCCCCAUUCUCUGGCGGGGAAUGCUAAGAGGUGGUUGGAGACCCAGCCCCCAUUGUCCAUCACCUCUUGGGACGAUCUGGCUGACAAAUUCGUGCACAGGUACUAUCCGGCAUCGAAGACUACCGAGAUACAGCGGGAGAUCACUCACUUCCACCAAGAGCCAGAUGAGUCACUUCGUGAUGCAUGGGAGCGGUACAUGGGCUAUUUCUGGCAGUGUCCCCAUCAUGGCUUUAGUGAUGCAUUCACAGUGGGGAACUUCUACAGUGCUCUCUCUCCAGAUAGCCAGAGGGUGAUUGAGUCUCUAUGCCCAGGAGGGGAUGUUCUCACCAAGACUCCACCCGAGCUGAACCAGAUGAUCAGUACUUUGGCUGCCAGAGAUCAUUCUUGGGGACAGGGUAGCCGAGGCAGACAGUCCCGGGACCGUGGUGUGCACGCCAUGGAGACCAGAUCCGGGCUCGAGCAGCAGGUAGCUGAGCUAGUGCAGACAUUGAAACAGCCCAACAGUCUGAUUCCGUGCAGAGGUUUGGCUACACCUCCAGUAGCUCAAUGUCAGUGGUGCGAGAGCUCCAAUCACCUAGUGGAGGACUGCCAGGAUCUGAGGGAGUCUACCACACCCUAAGAGCAGUUGGCCUUCAUCGCCAAUGCGCGGCGCCUCGAUCCAUACAGUAACACAUAUAAUGAGGGGUGGCGCCAGCAUCCCAACUUCGUCUGGAGCAACAACACCACUAAACCACCUGGUUUCCCAGCACAGGCAGGUGGUUUUCAGCAGAGGCAGCCCUUCCAGGCUCGCCAGGGGCCAGACCCACAGCAGCAGCCCUACCAGCCUAGGCAGGGGGCAGCCAUUCCAGCAGCCCCAUCGCUAGUUUGCCGAGCCAGCAGCAGCUCCGGCCCCAGAUGACAGGAUGACGAAGCUGAAAACACGGCCAGAAGCACGACCGUGUCCACAAAAGCACGGCCGUGUCCUAUCCAAAACACGGCCGUGUUUAUCCCAACUGCUGGUCGUGUAAUUAACCCUGGCCGAGGCACGGGCGGGUUCAGGCAAAGCACGGCCGUGCCCUCGACCGUGCUUUGGCCCGUGAUGCCCUUUUUUUCAGCCAAACAGAAGGAGAUUCGAGUUUUUGAGAGAAAGAACGAUUCCUAGAGAGAGAAAGUGACGAACAAGAGUCUCCAAGUGCCAUAGAUUGAUUUUCAACACCAUUGGAGGCCAGUUUGAGUUUGGAGAAGUGCCGAUCAACGUCCAGGAGCAGGAAAUCAUCCUUCACAGUAUGAAGUCCGCGUCUGAUUCUGCUUUUGCUUCUUUCUCCAUGGAGUAGUUCUCCCAUUCAUCUGGGUAUGGAGAACCCUAGAUUUGUAUGUUAGGCUUUGAUUGUAUGAACCCAAGUACUGAUUCUAUGAUUUGAUUAUAUUCGAUUGAGGUUUGAAUGAUUGAAUGACUUGAAUCCUGAUCAAAUUCCUGUUGUUUCUGCUUUAACCUAGAAUGAGAAUAUCUGCCUAGGUUGAUAGAGCAUCCUUGAUUGAAGGUAGGGAGUUGGUGACUUUAGUCGAGGAGCCAACUCACUAUUCUGUACUGGAUUUACUCCGGUAGUGGAUGUUUUGUUUGUUAAGGUCUCAAUCUGUCUACUCCGGUGGAGGUUAGUCGCCCGCUAGAGACUCAGAUUGAGAGGGUCUGAAGACCUUUAGUCGAGACUUCAGGCUGUUUAAGAACCUUCCGCAGUAUAACUAUCAUAGAAACUGAACUUGGUAAUUACAAUCCGACUUAACUGCAGUCUAGGGGAACCAUAUCCGGGUGACCUCUCUUAACUUGAAUACAACCGUUUACUUGCUUUGUUAGUUUGAUAGUUUAGACUUGCAUUCCAGUUUCAUUGCUAGAUAACAAGAAUUCACUGAGUAGUCAUCAGAUCUAGGACCCGGGUUGAUAAUUAAACCUAAGCCCGCUAUACUACGCUUUAGGAAGUGGUUUCACUUGGCCAAUUCCUGGAGUAACAGUAGAAGUGAGUCAGAACUCGAACAGAGUUUGCUAGCCUAACAUUCACAUCAAUCCUCCUGAACGUAAUUGAAUUCCACUAGAAACCCAUGGUGUGUAAACAAAAACCAUAACUCGCCACCUGACAUCAUCUAUCCUGUGUUGGGAUCCAAACUUGACUUCACAAUUUAAUCAAUAUAGAAUGGUUAUUUCUAGGUAGCAAGAAUUAGAAACAUUAUCUUAUGAUAAUAACACAUAAAUGAAUUAAACAUUAUAAGCACAAUCAAUUAAAACAAAAAAAUCAAACAAACAUAUAUAGUAAUCAAUUUUAUGACAAAUAUAUGCAAACACAGGUGGCACAGACAAACCCAAAUUAAUCAACUACGAUGAAAUCGAUAUACCUCAAAUAAUCAACAUUACUUUAAUAUAAUGAAAGAAUCUAU